CAAAGCUCAAGCUGCCGAACGACGGUCAGUUCGUCCUCGUGUCGCUCGUACGCAUGUUUUUCAAGUAUUCUUGGAGUUCGGCGCUGCACGCGACCGUGGUGAGACUGAUCUUGGCCGCGCUGGUGAGCCCACACGAGCCGCUCUGGGCACCCAUGUUUGAGGGCGGGGACGAGAGUCUUCAGGACGCGGUGGACAUCUCAAAGCUCAGCGACGAAGAUUUUGACGCGAGACGCGGGUUCGUCACCAUAGGGACGUUCAUGCAUAAACCUAACGUUGACUCCGUCGCGUGGUUGCGCUCGGAGGUGUGGCCGCUCGUGCGCGAGCGGUUGCCGGACGCCACGAUGCGCGUGUACGGAUCGUACAUGACCGAGGCGCAUCGCGCAAGAUUUCACGAUCCACGAAAUGGAUUCGAGCUCGUGGGAUUCGCGGAAGAUUUAAACGACGCGAUGUCGAACGCGCGUGUGCUCCUCGCGCCGCUUCGUUUCGGCGCUGGGAUCAAAGGAAAGGUUUUGGACGCGUGGAAAUGCGGCACCGCCGUGGUGACGACACCGAUCGGGAGCGAGGGCACGACGCCCGAGGAGGAGUUUUGGCACGCGUCUACGAGUGAACCGAUCGAUCCCGAUCAUGGCUGGGGAGGAUUCGGCGACGUUGUCACCGCGAGUGAGAUCGCGGACGCAGCGGUGCGAUUGCACGAAGACCGAGAGACGUGGUCACGUGCGCGCCUCAACGGAGCGGAAAUCGUCAAUCGACUCUUCUCACGAGAGAAGAAUGUUUCGGACGUUCUCGACGCGAUCGAGCACGUCGUGACGAACAUCGACACCGUCCGAGAUGAUGACUACGUGGGUCAAUCGUUGUGGCAUCACACCGAGCGAAGCACGAUGUACUUUUCAAAGUGGAUAGAGCUCAGAGAGACGGGAACGAACACGUGA